UCCACGCUUCAUCAGCAAUUCUUUGCCUUAACUUUUCUCAUCUUUCUCUUCUUCUGCUCCAGCAGCUGUAGGAUAUAUAGACACAUACCUGCUUCUUCGUCUGCCUGGUCUAUUUUCUUCUGUCUAUUUAUUUGGGAAAAGCGUGGCUUUACGUCCUUUUAAAUGAAUAAUGGGACAGUCAAUAAGCAGAAAUUACUCAUCUUCUAGCACUCCAUCCAACUCCACUAGCCAGUUCCAAUCCCACAAUCCUACUGCUUCGUCUACUCUCAGUAAUCAUUCCAACAGACACUCUGUUUCAUCUCAAAUCAACCAACGAGUCCGGAUUAGGAAUAGAAAUAUUGGCAACACAACCACUGGUUCCACUAUGGACUUCUCCUCAAAUCGGAAUGCCAUCAACAAUGACACUAACACCACCAUCACCACCAACAGCCCCUCCACUACAACCAACAAUGGCCCUAACCUAGGAACGUUUAUUUCUGACAUUGCUUUCAAUCCAGAUGCCAAUCCAUCUGCUUCAAAUCUACAGCAAACCAACCUCUCUUUCAAUGUCCAUCCCAGCUCUUCAUCUGCCAUAUCUAACUCUGCAAAUUCUGCACUUCCUUCAGCUUUGCCUACCUUUGAUUCCCCCAAUUCCUUGCCGUCUUCCACAACACAAUCAGUGUCAAGAUCUUCCUUGAGAAGAAGAAGAUCCAAUUCUUUGACCAGAGCAAACUCAAUCUCAAACAGUAUUACUAAUACCAAUAAUGCUGAUCCCAGACCCAAUAAUGAAUUCAAUAUUAAUGACACCAAUAAUGGUAAUAAUACCACUGCCAAUCCCACUACAAGCACAAAUGCAAAUUUGACAAGUAGCUCAAACUCCUCCUCCUCCUCCAAUCUUGUAUCUAAUAACACUUCAAAUAAUUCAACCACAAACUUUCUCAACUCAAAUUUCCAAAGUUUGAACGCCUUUUCCAGAAGAAAUACAAGGAGAAGAUUCAAUAGUGUAAUCUCUUCAAUAUCUAAUUCAAUGUCACAUAAUAAUUCAAAUGAUAACAGUUACAACACCAACAAUAGUAAUUAUAAUAACAGCAGUAACAAUAUACACUCUCAUUCAAAUUCUUCUUCAUUAUCAUCUCCAACUAUAAAUUCAAUCCCAAAUUCAUUACCAAAUCGAAGCUCCUUUCAUUCCUUGUUCAAUUCGCUAGAUUCUACUUCAGUUUCCUAUCCACCUCCAGUCAAUAAUCAUCAAAUCUCUGACAGUUUUCCUUUAAAUAAUUUAAGAUUGGCUAGACCAAAUAACCCAACCACUUCUACAAACGAGUCUCCAAUAACCACUACUGCUGGCAUAGAAGUGACCUCAACCACUUCUAGACUACCGGAUUCUUCCUUUCCAAUAUUAAAUAACUCCAAUGUUAGUCCUAUCAACAACAUUUCUCCACCUGAAAUUCAUACUCAAGAUUCUAAUCCUAUUCAUAACACUGAAAAUAACAACAAUAACACUCAAACUACUGAUACAAACACCGAAAACAACAACAUCAACAAUAACAAUUCUUCUGCGAAUUCAAAUGCUAAUGUCAAUAAUCCUAUAAACCUUAACAAUCAUACUUCGACUACUACAACAACAAUAACAAAUAACUCACCAGCUAAUCCUGCAGAAACAGAAUCUUUUCAAAAUCAAGCUGACAUGCUUAGUAGACUAUUAGAAAUAGCCGCAACUUCUACCUUGCUAACAAUGGUUGGCAGUGCAACUGAUUUCCAAGGAACAAGAAUCGACAAUAGAAACUUGAUUGAAACUCAAAAUCGUUCAAAUCAAUCCAAUCACUCCCCUACAAAUAACAAUAACAAUAGUACUAACGGUCACCUCACUCAUAAUUCGCAAUCGCCUUUAUCCUUAGUUACAAAUUCAAUCUCUCACCUAAUCAAUAGAAAUACUAAUCACAAUAACUCCACUUUAGCUGAUGGUUCAGACUCCACUUUUCAAGAGUUUAUAAGUGCUUUACAUAAUGGGUUAUUAGCCAACGAAUUAUCAUCCAGUGUACGAAAUACUUUAAACAGAAGAAAUAGAGAAAGAAAUCAAACCGAAACCCCAAACGUCACUGAUCAAAGCUAUAAUGAGACUGCAAGGAAUCAACCAAUGUCCUUUUUCAGAGCAUUUAGAUUCGACUCAAUGAAUCAAGAAACGGAACAGGAAAAUUCUCUAAUUCCGGUUAUAAUAGUCGCUGUUAGAUCAAUACCAUCUGGUCCUCCUGAAGAUGAUGAUAUAACAAGCUCUUUACGUGCUUCUUUACUUCGAAAUGAUUUGACCACUGAUUCAAAUGAUCUCGAAAAUACAAACUCCUCCUCGGGAAUAGCAACUGAUAUAAAUAUUGACCGUGACGAUCACCAUGACAAUAAUCACAACGAAGACAACAAUAAUACCCAAAAUAAUAAUGAUAUAGAAAAUAACUCUUCUACAGUUGUCGAUAAUGGAAAUUCAGAAACUGUUGAUACGGAUUCACCAAUGACAGAUUUUCUAUCUAAUAACAACAAUCAUGAAAAUGAAAGAAGAAAUUUCUCAGAAGAAAUCAAUAGUAACAGUAUAAAUGCAAAUCAAUUUGAUUCAACUAGUAUCAAUAGAACUGUUACUGCUAGUUCAAGUUUCAAUUCUUUGGAUUACCAUACUAGACCUGUCGAUCAUAUUCUGCCAAUAAGCCGAAGCGAGUCAAGAAGAAGGUUUUACUCACCUCUUUAUUCGUCAUCAAAUAGAAGUGGAAGGUCAUUUAGACAUCUCACUGGAAGUCCACUUGCUAGAUAUUCAUCAUCAGUCAAUGAUAUUAACAAUAGUGACAACAGCAACGACGAAGAUGAUUCACUAAUCCGAAAUAGUGGUCCAACUGAUUCUAGAGAUAACUCACAAUUUCUAUUCUUCCGUAGAAGAAGACAGCAUGGAAGGCGAUCAAACAGAAGCCGUUCUGUGUUUAAUUUUGAUAACCUAUCUUCACAUAACGUUACCAGAUUAAGAAAUGAUAUUAAUGAUACUGACAGUAAUAUCUCACCUACUACUGACUUCUCUAGAGAUAUUAGUUCAAAUAAUGGUCCAAUCACUAAUCAAACUAAUAAUCCAAUUAAUAAUCCAAUUAAUGAUUCAACUAAUAACCCAAUUAAUGAUUUCUCUUCCGCUAUUAAUGACACAAGUACUAACUCAAUUAAUAAUCCCAUAAAUAACAUUAGAAAUAAUAGCAAUGGUGAUAAUAAUACAAACACUACAGGUGAAACAACAGAAAAUAAUGCUAACAGCAGUGCAAAUGAUCGAACAGAUGAGGCAAGACAGUGGGUGAUAUUUGUAGUUGGCAAUUCAUAUGCACAAGACCAUCCAAUUCUUACUGCUCCAUCACUUAUGACAGAAAAUCCAACAUAUGAAGAUUUAUUGGCGUUACAAAAUUUGCUUGGAAAUGUAAAACAACCUACAGUGACCCAAGCAGAAGUCGAUGAAGCUGGCGGAUUACUUAAAGUACACAUCAGGAAUGACACUAAAUUGGAAUCUAAUCCAAGCAGUAUUGGGUCAUCUGAUGAGUCAAUGGAAAUUGAUUCAGAGAAUAGACUGGAAAAUUCAUCUUUUAUCGCUGAUAAAGGCAAAUCUAAAGAGUCAGAGCAGAAUGAUCAGGAAUCAUUUUCAUCAAGGAAAAGAAUAUCAUCAUAUAUUCCUAGCUAUUUUAAGAAGCAUGAGAAAAGCAAAAGUAAAUCAUCAUUGGAUGUUAUAAAAACAAAGUUGAAGGAAAGUCACAGUUAUGAAGAAUUGUCGCAUAAGAUAAAGAGCAAAGAGAAAAGGCAGACAAUGUAUGAAGAUGUUCAAAAAAAGAAAAAAAAUACAGUUGAUAAGGAUGUUAAUGAGAAUAAUAACAAUAACAAGAAUAGGGAUAGGGAUAUUAAUAAUAAUAACGUGUAUGUCAAUAAAACAGAUAAAUGUGCAAUUUGUUUGACUGAGUAUGAAGCAGAUGACAUUGCAAGAAAGCUAAGAAAAUGUGAACAUAUGUUUCAUAAGGAUUGCAUUGACAUUUGGCUAACGACAGGAAAAAAUUCCUGUCCAUUGUGUAGAACAAAAGGUGUCAAUGAACUCAAAAGCAGUGCUCCUGAAGCAGAAGUUGCUGCUGGUGAAAAUAUUUUAUAAGACUCACCGCAAUAGAAAGAUAUUGGGAUUAAGGUUUUCAAUAAAAGAGAGAUUGAUUUUUACUAUCAAGGUUUAUCUGGAAUAAUU